AUGAUCAGGAUAAUAAUUGGCCUGGAAACGGUGUACAUACACCCCAAAACGGACAAACAAAUUGUCCUCCUCAGUAUAAACCAAAUACAGGAAACGGAAAUAUAUGCUGCUAUCCUUGCUGCAAUCCCUGCUGUAAUACAUGCUGUGGUGGUGGCUCUGGUGGUUGCUGCAAUGGUGGUACUAAUGGGGGUUGUAAUGGUGGUGUUAAUGGUGGUGUUAAUGGUGGUACUAACGGGGGGUGUAAUGGUGGUACUAAUGGUGGUUGUAAUGGUGUUAAUGGUGGUACUAACGGGGGGUGUAAUGGUGGUACUAAUGGGGGGUGUAAUGGUGGUGUUAAUGGAGGUAUCAAUGGUGGUGUUAAUGGUGGUACUAAUGGUGGUACUAACGGGGGUUGUAAUGGUGGUACUAACGGGGGUUGUAAUGGUGGUACUAAUGGUGGUACCAAUGGGGGUUGCAAUGGAGGUACUAAUGGGGGUUGUAAUGGUGGUACCAACGGGGGUACCAAUGGCGGUACCAAUGGAGGUACUAACGGUGGUACUAACGGUGGUACUAAUGGUGGUACUAACGGCGGUACUAAUGGUGGUUGUAUUGGUGGUAUUAAAGGGGGUUGUAAUGGUGGUACUAAUGGUGGUACAAAUGGCAGUAUUAAUGGGGGUACUAAUGGUGGUAUCAAUGGUGGUACUAAUGGUGGUACUAACGGUGGUACUAACGGCGGUACUAAUGGUGGUUGUAUUGGUGGUAUUAAGGGGGGUUGUAAUGGCGGUACCAAUGGUGGUACAAAUGGUGGUACUAACGGUGGUACUAACGGUGGUAUUAAUGGUGGUGUUAAUGGUGGUGUUAAUGGUGGUACAAAUGGUGGUUGUAUUGGUGGCAUUAAAGGAGGUUGUAAUGGUAGUACCAAUGGUGGUACUAAUGGUGGUACAAAUGGUGGUACUAAUGGGGGUACCAAUGGUGGUACCAAUGGUGGUACCAAUGGAGGUAUUAAUGGUGGUACCAAUGGGGGUUGUAUUGGUGGUUCUAAAGGGGGUUGUAAUGGUGGUACCAAUGGUGGUACUAAUGGUGGUACUAAUGGGGGUAUUAAUGGGGGUAUUAAUGGUGGUACUAAUGGUGGUACUAAUGGUGGUGUUAAUGGUGGUGUUAAUGGUGGUUGUAUUGGUGGCAGUAAGGGGGGUUGUAAUGGUAGUACCAAUGGUGGUAUCAAUGGAGGUACUAAUGGUGGUACUAAUGGUGGUACCAACGGUGGUACAAACGGUGGUACUAAUGGUGGUACUAAUGGUGGUUGUAUUGGUGGCAGUAAAGGGGGUUGUUUCAAUGGUGGUGUUAAUGGUGUUUAUAUAA